AUGUCGGGAGCAUCAGACAGCGCAUACGUGCAAAUAAAGCUACUAAAAAAGCUUAGUAGCUCAACACCCAUCAAGACUUCGAGUCCAGUGCAAUCGCCAGUGAACAAACUGAACAACGCCAAUGCCAACAACAGCAACUAUCAAAAUCAAAUUACCACAAACGGUGGCUCCAGUCUGGCAAACAGUCAACCGACGCCAGAGUCGUCGCAGCUCCCAGAGCUACCACACAGUCCCGCACCGCAGCUGGAGAAGCCGAGCGCCGAGGAGGUGGCCAGAGCAGCAAUCGAAGCGGCUGUUGCCAAUGGCAUCACCAGCAUCACCACCAACAAAGUUGUGGAGACCACUGAGCCAAGCAGUCCGAAUGCCAAUUCGGUGGCUGCAACAGCAACGGCAACAGCAGCCACAACAGUGAAGACAGAGGAAACGAUUCGUGAAGUGAUUGCAGAUGCCAAGGAAACAACAACAACGACGACGACGACGACAACAACAGCCACAAAAACAGUGAAUGGCAACAAUAAUGAAGAAGAAGCUACAGCAGCAGCGAUCAACAACAGCAGCAGCAACAGCAACAGCUCGACUUCAGCGCCAGCGAGCAGCACAGCAAAAGAGCCGGGAAAGCAGCCAAAAGAACUGCCGGAUGGUCAGUCGGGUGCCAAUGGCAAUUCGAGUUCGCUUGAGGAGCAUAAGCAAAAGAAACUAGAUACAGAAACAGUUGUUAGCAGUAGCCACCAAAAACAAUUAGUUAAUAGCCAAACUGUUAAUAAGCAUAAUAAAAAUCCCUUCGACGAUGACGACGAACGCAUCUACGAAGUACCCAAGGGUGAGUAAGCGUCUUCCUUCCUCUACAACGAUCUUCGGAAGUAAAAUUCCAAAACUGGGUCUGUCUGCAUUUUCUCUCUGUCUGUCGUUUGUUGUCUCUGUUUUGGGCACCUUCACCUAAAUAAAUGUAGUGCAAAAACAAAAACAAAAAUACAAAUAAACAUAAAUCACACCAAACACCAAUUUCGCUGGGUGCCUGAUUAGAGGCCGAUGAUCGGCUGACAGCAACGGCUUGUCUAUUCUGUAUAUUUCAUACUUAAGCUUCAGUUUCUGUAAUGAUGUCUGUAUCUGUAUUCAUACAUAUCUCUUUUAACCACACAAACUACGUAUCGAAACAAAAGUAUCUAAGCAUGUGCGAGUCCGAAGGGGAAAACUGUGAUAUAGUAUUGUUGUAUUGUACUUAUAAAGUAUUUGUGGUUGAUUCUUGAGCAGUUUUUUUUGGCACAAUAAGUCUUUAAGUGGUGCCCUGUUUCAUUACAAACAUAAAAAAUACAGAAAAAUAAGAAGUGCUUUAAUGUAAGCAAUUGUUUACUUUAAAAAUCA